AAAUCGAGAGACUCUUGUCAUUCAAUCGUAAUUCAGUUAAAGAUGUGUCGAAGGAAAGGAUCCAAUCUUUGUAUUUUGCUGGCCAUUGUAAUUGGCGUGACAGCAAAACCACCGCCACCACCUGGAGCACCAUGGGCACCGUACGCAUCAAAACCAGUAUACUACAGAUCAUUGGGUCCAUCAUCAAGUCUUGACAUGGGAACAGUGAAUGUUCCCUUUAUGUCAAAAUCACCAAUGUUUCCCAAAUUUGUUGACCCAAAGAUGAUGAUCGCCAAGAAGACGGAAUUUUUGGGUAACUUAUUCGGCAGCUUGGGACCAGUUAACUUUCCCGAAACUGUAGAACCUGAAAAUACUCCGGAGAAAAGGGGACUUUUCGGUUCAAUGAUGGGUCCAGGAGGUCCCAUGAUGGGUCCAGGUGGUCCAAUGAUGGGUCCCGGUGGUCCAAUGAUGGGACCAGGUGGUCCAAUGGGUAAAGGUUUUCCCGGAGGUCCAAUGGGCAAAGGCGGAAAGUUCAGUCCAAAAUUCGGCAAAAUGGGUUUUCCAUUUGGAGGCUUUGGAAGUUCCAUGUACCCGGGAGUCGAUGAUUCAACAUUCUCAGUUAGUCGCCGACGAAGAAGUCUUACCAACGAGCCAUCAACGAAGGAGAGUACAAAGGAAGUGGGACCACCGCCUCCAUAUCCUGGACUCGCAACAAUUCCCGAAGAACCAGAAAAACAACUCUUGAAAUUAUUCGGCGACUCCUCCGCAUACGUUCAAUCAGACUUCGCUAAUAACUUCGAUCAACCAAAAAGCACCGUUCAUGAGAAACGAGGACUUUUCGGCGCCUUCAUGAUGCCGUACGGUUUCCCAGCUGCAAUAAGUCCAUUCUACAAUCCAAUGUUACCACCAAUGGUGAAUCCAGCAGUAUCUGCGGCUAAUCCAGCCGUGGCCAAUCCGGCAGUUAAUCCCCUGGCCAGUUUGUCUCUAGUGAAUCCAAUGUUCAAUCCAUUCCUUCCCAAAUAUGGAGUGAUGCCACCAAAUCUUCCAUUGGGACCAUCGGUCGACUCUAGUUCACAAGAAACGUCAUCUCGUCGGAGAAGAAGUGUCGACGCCUUAGAGGGUGGUGAAUCACCAGUUCCUGCAGAACAAGUAGUUUCUAAUCCAAAAGCACCAGUUUUGAAGUUACCAGGAAUGUUUGGUCCCUUCGGUCCAUUUGGUCCUAUGGCUGGUCCUUUUGGUCCUGCUGCUGGUCCUUUCGGCCCCAUGGCUGGUCCUUUCGGUCCUAUGGCUGGUCCUUUCGGUCCUAUGGCUGGUCCAUUUGGUCCUGCGGCUGCUCCCGGAAUGACUCCGUCUAAAAAAGCUUUCUUAGAUGCACUUUUUAAAAAUCUCGCCACAACAACUCCAUCACCGGCCGUCACUGAUGUUCCAGUUCCAAAAAGCACCAUUGUUCCUCCUAAUUUUUGGCUGCCAUCUUCUGUGAUUCCUGGGCCAACUGAAUACUCCGAAAAGGUUUCUAAAUUUUUGGACAAACUUUUCAACCAAUUGGCAUUGAACGUUUCUUUAAAUGCAGCCGCUCCAGAAAAUCCAGCCGCAGCAACCGUCAAAGUUGCACGAUCAGUGGACGAUUUCACGAAAAUUGCUGAUGCCAAAGACGAAAUUGUCGAUUCAAUUCUCACGGAACUUGGUGCAAUAAAGAGCAAUAUGGUAUCGACCAUGAACGAUCUUAUUAGUUACGAAAAAUCAGUGGCAUUCAAUCCUCUAAUGAAGAAGUCAUCGAAAAAUUUAGCUGCAAAUCUCUGGCCAUCGCCAACAAUCGACGCAACAAUGCCAUUUCAACAAAGAAUGCUUCUCCUCGGUCAGGUAUUCGAUAUGUUGACAUCUUUACAGAAGAAUAUCACAACUUCCGCUCAGGCUGCAAUGAAAGCUCAAUUGGCCGCCACCGAAGCUCCAGUCGACUCCAAUCCUCCCACAGAAGCUUUGCCCUUCUUUCCAUCGUCAACUUCUCCUGUUUUCAACACAACUCUUUUGGACGCGAUAAGAAAUAAAAUCUCCAGCAUCAAAUUUCCGUCACCUGCUGUCGCUGCUUCUUCUUCAUCUCCCUCAGGAUUUGGUUCCUUUUCACCAAAGUUCGCAAGGAAUGCCCCAUCGUCAUUUUGGGUUUCACAUUUAGCGAAUAAUGUCGCUUCAAAGAGAGAAGUGCCAGAGGAUCAGGACGUUAUGUUCCAAGAUUUCUACAGGAAUAAUCAAACUCCAAGAGGUGUAAAAAUGCAAAUGCAUCAGGGUUAUCAAAGUAUGCCACCAGGUGCAAUAGAAACCGUUCAAGCUGGUGGAAACAGUGUUCCCGGUCAUCAAGGAGGUGGAAUAAAUUUGCACAUUCAAAUGCCUUCGUCAAAUUCCCGUUCACCAGACUUUCAAAAUGAUAUGAAUAAUUACAAUUAUGGUAAAAAAUGGGCCGAGUGGGGUGACUAUGUAAGGAGUCAAUUUGAAGGCAACAACAGACAUCAUCACAAUCGUCAUUAGAUUCAAAAAUGUGAGCAGCAGGGUAAAUUUUCAAAUAGUACUUUUUUUUCUCGCGAAUUUUCAAAAUUCGAUUUAAAUGAAAAUUGUACGGAAAACAUUCUACAAUUUUCACUGUAAAAUUUUAGUAUUGUUUCGAAUAAAAAGCAAUUUAAUGGAA